AUGGAUCGAAAUUUACAAGGCAGAUACGUAUUCAAACCUGAAAAAGUACCCACUCUACUUAAGAAAAUCCUUAUAGAAAUAGGCUGGGAUCCAUAUGAUGAAAUUAAGCAUGACUCAGAGGACAUUAAUCUGUUAUGGGGUCACAGAAGUAUAACCACUUUCCUCAAACCGCCUACCUCACUGUCAAAGAUAAGCUUUAUAGAUUCCUUAAGAAAUACAGAGUACAUAACAAACCCUUUGUUAAUUGGUGGCUAUAAAUGGGAUUUGAGGCUGUAUGUAGUAGUGACUAAGGUAUGUCCUCUAUAAAUUCACAUCUUCGAGGAGGGCCUCGUACGAUUUUCUACCCAAAAGUAUUCCUUAUCCAAUACAUAGAAUAAAUAUAUUCAUUUGACGAACACCUCCAUUAAUAAGCAUUCGCCAAAUAUUGAUACAAACAAGCCAAUUAUUGGUUAGGGAUCUAAAUGGUCUUUAAAUCAAUUAAGAGAGUACUUUUAUCAAGAAAACCUAAAUUAUAAUGCGCUGUUCAAUUAGAUUGAAUGCAUUAUUACUUUGGUCUUGAUUAGUAUGUGUUCUGAAUCUGGCAACAAUAGUUUAAUGAAAGGUCUUGAAGAGAACUGCUUUGAGCUAUUCGGAUUCGAUGUGCUAGUUGACAGUAAUUUAAAGCCUUGGCUAAUUGAAAUUAAUUCACCUCCUUAGCUACAAAUAGAUUGCUAGGUAGACAAAUUAAUUAAACCGAAAUUAAUUAAAGAUAUGAUUAACCUGGUGUUUAAUGAAAGUUUACAACUUAAUAGAACCUAUGAAAGUACUAGUUAUCGAAAUCGCCAAACAUAAGUUACACUUGCCUCAGAAAAUAAGUUUUAUCAAAGACAAGCAGAGGUAUUAUUGGAUGUAUAGAGUCCUUUUCAUACGAGAUAACUUAUAGGAAACCACUCAAUAACAUAGAGUAAUCCAGGAGGAUAAGUAUCGAAUAAUUAUAGAGAUUUGACUCCAGUUAAAUUAAAGGAUCAUAAGAAUAGCUUACUAAAAUCAUAGAAAUUCAAACUGCAAAGCAUCAAUGAAGAAUCAAUGGGCAAAUCAUAGAGGUACAGCAAAAACAUGAACAACUUUAUCAAUCCAAUUGAUGAUUAUGGCUUAUCUGGAUUUAAUCCUCCUAUUACAGAUACAAGAUAGUAUUAUCUUUCUUAGACGAGAGUUUAGGACCUACGAAAAAGCUUAAACAUUGUCAAGCAAAUGAGAACCGAUCAGUUCCUAUGCAAUAAUACAAUUCUACCAGGUCUUAAAACCUAAAUGUUCUAAAAAAUCCAAAGAUCUCUAAGGCAAAACUUCAAUCAUGAAAGCGAAUCUCAUGAGUAUAAUAUGAUGAGAAUAAGUAUGCCAACAAUACAGCAUUAACAGUAAAACGGCUUUAAGCAGAUAUUUCCCUUUUCAAAAUCCUCAGAGGACUUGAUUUAAUAAAUAUUCUAAUAUGCAACUUGCUAUUUAUACGGCUAAUAGCAGUCUAAAGUUGCUACUAUAACUAAAUAACUGGUGACUGAAAUUAAAAAGCAUUAUCACCAUAUCAGCAAGUAAGAGAAAAAGAAAGAUUCCCCUGUAAAGCACUAGAGCCUAGAUAAAAGAAACAACAAAAAGAUCCAUAGUUAACUAAUGACUCACACUGAGAAUGUAUCAAUAAUCAACUUAGGUCAUUCAGACUUAAAUAGAAACACAAUUAGAAGAAAAACUAUUUUAGAUGGGAAUGAAAAUGUAGCUUUGCUAAACUUAGGUAGCACUUAGAUUAUAAAUAAUGUGUCAGCCAAGCAAUCCACCUCUCAACUGGAAGUGAAGUUCUAAGAGAAAGAACUAAAGUAGCUAAAUUAUUUCAAGAUCUCCAAGAAUGCACUGAACUCACUUACCAUUAGAAAAGGCAACUCACCACUAAGCAAAUUGCUAAUAAAAUCUUGA